AUGCGGUUUGAAGGUAUCUACCGUAAAUCAGGGGGAGCAGCUCAGAUACGAUCCAUUCAAGACGCUUUCGACCAAGAUAAUUCUCUUAAUCUGUGCAACGAGAACGAUUGGGAAGAUGUGUGCGCGGUCACCAGUGUAUUAAAACAGUAUUUCCGGAGCCUGCCACAACCAUUGUUUACUGAGGAAUUGUAUGCAAAGUUCAUUAGCUCUAUGGACCUUCAAGAUGAAAGAGAGACAUUAGAACGGUUGAAAUAUUUGUUGAAAGCACUUCCAAUUGAAAAUUACGAUACUAUUCAAUAUCUAUUGCUCCAUCUUGACAGGGUGCAACAAAUGAGUAAAUACAAUCUUAUGACAAUCAAAAAUAUUGCCGUCGUCUUUGGUCCUACAUUAAUGCAAAAUAUGGCUGAAGGAUAUUCAAUGGAGGAUACUGGCGCCAAAAUCCAAAUCGUCCAAUUUUUACUUCAGAAUGUUCAUUCACUUUUUGAGCCUAACGUGCGCCUACCCUCGAUCCGAAAAAGGUCUUCUCGGCCACAAAGCUCUUCUCUAUUUCAAGGCCUUGAUAGGAAGCAGUUAUAG